CACCGAUGUCCGCGCGCUCUCUGUCUCCUCACAGUUCCAUAUAAAUUCUUCUCGGACCCAACCGGUCUGAAUGAGAAGCGGAAGCAGCGACGGAUCCGCACCACCUUCACGAGCUCUCAGCUGAAGGAGCUCGAGCGCGUGUUCGCUGAAACGCAUUACCCCGACAUCUACACCCGCGAAGAGCUCGCGCUCAAGAUCGACCUUACCGAGGCCAGAGUUCAGGUGUGGUUCCAGAACCGACGCGCAAAAUUCCGCAAACAGGAGCGCGCGGCCAACGCAAAGGGCGGCGGAAACACCGGAAACGCCAGUGUUACAUCCAAGAAACCGGGCGAGGCGCGCGCAUCCUCCGAGGACGACGAAUCUAAAGAGUCCACAUGUAGCCCGACACCGGACAGCACGGCGUCUUUACCCAGCUCGGCCAACACCACGGGCAGUCCGGGUGCGAGCAGCCUCAGCCCCAGUCCGUCUUCCGGCGGCUUUGGCAACGCUUCGAGCUCGCCGUCCAUGCACCACGCGCUCAAAUCUCCCGCGUGGCCCGGUGUCAAUUCUGCUGCUGCCGCUCCCGCUCCGGACCUGCUGAAGAGCUGGCAGCCCGGAGACAGCGCGAGCGCCGGACCGUUCGCCGGUGUGCUCUCAUCCUUCCACAGAAAACCGGGCGCGCUCAAGACCAACCUGUUUUAAACACACACACACACACACACACACACACACACACAACUUAGCGCGUAGUUUACUCUCCUCUCUCCACCACCUCCUGCUGAAUUUUAUUAGACUUUUUAUUUUAUUUUAUUUCCGUUAGAGCUGGACUCCCGGUUAUUAUUUAUAUGAUCAUUUUGGACUCUGUGUGAGUUUCUUUCUGCGUCACAAAUCACACAUCAUUCAGACUUUAUUCAGUGCGGUUUGGGACAGAGCAAGCUCGGGCUGUGUGUGAAACCGCGACAUGUUCACUACAUGCACUAGUGCACUAGUUUGAGAGAUUUAAAACUCUUUAAAAAAGCCUACAGUUGGUCCGCCUUCACUGUAGGGAUUAGGGAUUAGGGAUUAGGGAACAGGGCUCUGUUCACACAGGGCAGGUGUUCCCUUAUAUGCGCACUUAAGAGGGUCCCUAAAAAGAAGACACAUUCAUCCAUUCUAACUGAAAUAACCUGUCUCACAACCUGUCUGUCUCACAGCCGGUCUCACACAUUCACAAUUCACUUCAGUAGAUCUUUAUAAAUCCUAAAGAUUGAAGUUAAGGGUAGGGGUGGAGUUAGGGUGUGGUUAAUGUGGAGCUGGGGCGGGGUUAUGGGCGUGGUUAGCAUUCUUACAUUUUCUUGAGAAAUGAACAACACUUUCACUGAUUGAUUCAAAUCUGAAUGUAUUUCUUCACAAAACUUCACAGACACACUGAGUCGACACUGACUGCUCACUUUUGGACAUAAAGUACACUACUCAGACUGUAAAGAAUUAUUCUGAAACUAAUUUAAUAGAACUAUUUACAAUUCUGCCGAUCGUCCAUUUUA